UCUUCAGUGUAUUUUGAGAAUUUGCCGCGAAAAGACCAGAGAAUCGACGAAAAAUGCUGACCAAACUGUUGAAGAUUAGCUGCACUUCGAGGCAGUGCACCUUUGCCAAGCCGUAUCAGGCGAUUCCAGGACCACGAGGACCCUUUGGUAUGGGUAAUCUAUACAACUACCUGCCCGGAAUCGGAUGCUAUUCCUGGCUAAGAUUGCACCAAGCCGGCCAGGAUAAGUAUGAGAAGUAUGGCGCAAUUGUGCGGGAAACUAUAGUUCCCGGACAGGACAUCGUCUGGUUGUACGAUCCCAAGGACAUAGCUUCACUGCUCAACGAGCGGGACUGUCCGCAGCGAAGAAGUCACCUGGCACUGGCCCAAUAUCGCAAGAACAGACCGGAAGUCUACAAAACCACCGGCUUGUUGCCCACCAAUGGUCCGGAAUGGUGGCGUAUACGCGCCCAGGUGCAAAAGGAGCUGAGUGCUCCUAAGAGCGUGCGGAACUUUGUUCGUCAAGUGGAUGGAGUGACCAAGGAGUUCCUUGGGUUUCUGCAAGAAUCUAGCGAUGGCGGUGCCAUUGAUAUGCUGCCCAUGCUCACCAGACUGAAUUUGGAAUUAACCUGUCUGCUUACCUUUGGAGCUCGACUGCAGUCCUUUUCUCCCCAGGAACAAGCUCCUGAAUCGCGAUCCACCCGCUUGAUGGAUGCAGCUGAGACCACAAACAGCUGCAUCCUGCCCACAGAUCAGGGGCUCCAACUGUGGCGAUUCCUGGACACACCCAGCUUUCGAAAACUCAGCCAGGCCCAAUCCUACAUGGAGGCAGUGGCCCUGGAGUUGGUGGAGGAGAAUGUGAGGAAUGGUUCAGUGGGAUCUUCACUGAUCUCGGCGUACAUAAGGAAUCCCGAACUUGAUCGCAGUGAUGUGGUGGGCACUGCAGCAGAUUUACUCCUGGCUGGCAUCGAUACCACCUCGUAUGCCUCGGCAUUCCUGCUCUACCACAUAGCUCGAAAUCCGGAGGUGCAGCAGAAACUGCACGAGGAAGCCAAGAGAGUGCUUCCGUGUACCAAGGAUGAGCUCUCCAUGGAUGCCUUGCGAACUGAUAUCACCUAUACGAGGGCUGUGCUCAAGGAAUCACUUCGCUUGAAUCCCAUUGCGGUGGGCGUGGGCAGGAUUCUAAACCAGGAUGCCAUCUUCAGUGGCUACUUUGUGCCCAAGGGGACCACCGUGGUGACCCAGAACAUGGUAGCCUGCCGCCUGGAGCAGCACUUUCAGCAACCCCUGCGCUUCCAACCAGAUCGCUGGCUCCAGCACCGCAGUGCCCUCAAUCCCUACCUGGUCCUCCCCUUCGGACACGGAAUGCGGGCCUGCAUCGCCCGCCGUUUGGCGGAGCAGAAUAUGCACAUUUUGCUUCUCAGGCUGUUGCGUGAAUACGAAUUGGUUUGGAGCGGUACCGACGAUGAGAUGGAUGUCAAGACCCUGUUGAUAAAUAAACCCGAUGCUCCAGUGCUGAUCGAUCUGCGAUUGCGUAGGGAAUAAGUAUGUGACUGUAUUAAGACUGAGAUACCAGACUUGCUUCACUUUUAAAUAAUUCGUUUAUUAAUUAGUUUAAAUUAGUUCAUAAUUAUAAUUAGUGUAAAUUAUAUAUAACUAAUAACUAGACUUGCAUUUAAUGUGAUUGAAAGGCUGCGGGUGUUUUGGUCUAAGUACUAAAGAGAACGACAAAAAGGCAUUCAUCGAAAAUUCUUCCAAAGGGGUAUACUAGAUAGGGUUGCCAAAUACUCGAACAUAGGGCGUGUGGGUUGUCAAUCCACAGAAGAUUGCUUAUUUUGUUAACCAGAUACAUAUUUUCCUCGAGUAUUUUGUGCUUUUUCCUUUUUGUAUAUAUGUUUUCGGCUUGACAACCCAUUUCCGGGGCUUUAGUGUGUAAUUAUGCUUGACUAAAUACAUAUUCCAGUACAAUGUUUAGUUUAAAUAUA